AAGUGUGCUAGUGUCAUUAUUUCGCUCUAGAUUAUUUUCCACACCGGACACGAGGGCGCGCUUUGAUUGCGUGGUCACGUGAUGUUUGUUACUUUUCUCAGCGCUGCGUCUGAUGAGCCAGUCACGAGUGUGACGAAUGCAUCUUACUGCCUUACUUUAAACAUUUUAUACCGCUGCUGAGGCGGACCUUCGUUUGUAUUUCAGGCAGCAAUUCUUGGAGUAAAUACAGUAAAUGUUUGUGAUUGUGUAGUGUAUUAACGCCUCCUGUAAGGCGUGUGUGUGUCCGUGUAAAGUUAGUUCCCGUCGCGGACGUGAUUCGUCAGAUCGCGAUAGUUUCUGGUUUAUCUGCUGGUUUCCGAGCAUGAGAGCAGAUAAAGCGGCGGAAUAAUGCGUCUCUCGGCCGCUGGAUGAUGAAGAUCCAGCUGCUGCUGCUGUGCUCGGUGUCGGGACUCUGGCUUCCUGUUCAACACGGACACUGUUCAGAGCAGACACACACACACACCCCGACCACAGGAGCGGUCAGUCAGCGUCACGACAAACACACGGACCAGCGGACGAAUCAUCAGCAGCCGGUGAUCGAUGGCAGCGAUGAGCAGAACGUCUUCAUCAGUGAAGUGGAGUCUUCCUCCGGUUCCUUCAGUGCAGCGUCUGCUCCUCAUGAGUGCGUCUCCUGCCGGGAUUGUGCAGCUUCAGACUCCUGCUCUGAAAGCACUGUCACAGAUGCGUCUACAGCUGCAUGCGACGCUGCUGGAAGCCUGCCGUACGACCCUCUCCUCAGCAGUUUUCCAGCGGCUCAAGAGAACGUCAGUGUCCGUGAGUCCAGAAGACCCGCUAAAGACCAGACGAGGAACAGGACCCACGCCUCCCGCAUCCUGAAAGAUCAGGUGUCCAGCGGCUCCGCAGACAGUGACCCGUCCGUGCCCUGCAGAGACCAGGAGAUCCCCACCUUCGAGGAGUGGACCAAGAUCAUGCUGGAGGUGGAGAACGAGAAGACUCAGAUCACACACCUCUCUGACGACCUUCACGCCGCGGGGAAGAAGCUCCAGCAGACCGUCACCAACUACGCCUCUGUGGAGUGUGGAGCCAAGAUCCUGUCCUCCAACCCCGAGGCCAAGAGCACUUCAGCUGUCCUGAUGGAGAACAUGGACAUGUACAUGCUGAAUCCCUGCAAUAACAAGAUCUGGUUCAUCAUUGAGCUGUGUCAGCCCAUCCAGGUCAAGCAGCUGGACAUCGCCAACUUUGAGAUCUUCUCCUCAAACCCCAAAGACUUCCUGGUGUCCAUCAGCGACAGAUAUCCAAGUAAGAAGUGGGUGAAGCUCGGGACGUUCCAUGCGCGUGACGAGCGGACGGUGCAGAGUUUUCCUCUGGAUGAGCAUCUGUUUGCCAAAUACAUCAAGAUGUUCACCAAAUACAUCAAGGUGGAGCUGCUGUCACACUUCGGCUCAGAACAUUUCUGUCCUCUCAGUCUGAUCAGGGUUUUUGGCACUAGUAUGAUGGAGGAGUAUGAGAUGAACUCCGAUCCAUCAGACAGACCGCCGCACGUUCAGGACGAGCACGACAGCGAUCCGCCUCCUGAUUUUCUGCCAGUAGAUGACCGAUCCUCCAGAAACCUGAUUGGAUCUGCCAAAGAUGCUCUUCUCACGAUGGUGAACAACAUUGCUGCCAGUGUGCUGGGAGCAGCUCCGGAGAGCACAGCCGCAGCAGGAAACUCUUCCGCUGAAGGGUUAAACAUGACCGAGGUGGUUUUCCCAUCCGGAUCGAUCCACAGCGCUGCGUCCACCGGACCGGAGACUGCGGCGGAGGAUCAGCUCGAUGUCAUUGAGAUUACAGAAACCACCAGCAUUACUGAAGAGACGACCGCGACCCUCGCAGACGCCGCUGGAGACGCUCCGGUCCAGACCACGCCUGAUGUGGAGCAGAUCGUCACGCUGCUGCCUGAGGACGAGCCGGAUCAGUCCUCUGGAGGAAACCUGGAGCCUGAAGCAGAUCAGCAGAAGCUCACAGAGCGCUCUCAAUCUGCCUGCUCCCGAUCACACAGAGUCUCGCUUCAGGAGUACCUUCUGCAGCGCUGCUCCUCUCCAGACCCUCUUCAGGCGAGGAAGCCAAACCCAACCAUCACGACCCCAUCUAAAACCACAGAGCAGCCGGAGAGUCCUGUCCUUCUCCCUCGAGUCCAGCCUGAUCCGGAAGAUCUCGCUCCCAGUCUGACCUCAGAUCUGCUCCGGCUGGUUCCUGCAGACUCUCUGUCCUCCAGAGCGACGCGGCCCAUCGAGCUGAUGUGUGCGUCUGCCAGCGAGUGCCUCACAGAGACGCUUCCUCAGCAGAGCGCUGACCGUCUGAGCGAGUCCAGCCAGAAACCGGACCUCACGAGCGCCUCUGCCGCACAGACUGGAGAAGAUCAGGUCAGCCUUGACGAUGAUAUUUCAGCUCCUACUGUUUCCCUGAACACAGCAGACGAGUCUCUUGUGGAUGAAGCGGUCAGCGGCGGAUCCCUGACCCCGGCUCAAGCCGUUCAUCCUUCAGAAGGGCUCUCAGGGUCAGAGUCCAGGAACAAGGAGCUCUUCGAUGAUGAAAGCAGCGCUCAUAUUGAGCAGAUCGACACAGAAGCGCAGAACUCCAGCGACGCGCCUGCGCACGGCUCCAGUCAGAAAGAGUCUGUGUUCAUGAGGCUCAACAACCGCAUCAAAGUCCUGGAGAUGAACAUGUCGCUCAGCGGACGCUACCUGGAGCAGCUGAGCCAGAGGUACAGAAAGCAGGUGGAGGAGAUGCAGAGAGCCUUUAACAAAACCAUCAUCAAGCUCCAGAACACCUCCAGAAUGGCCGAGGAGCAGGAUCAGAGGCAGACGGACUCUAUCCAGGCUCUGCAGGCUCAUCUGGAGAACGUGACGCAGCUCGUGCUCAGUCUGUCUGUCAGCGUGAGUCGACUGCAGCGAGAGGUGUCUGACAGGCAGAGCUAUAUUCUGCUGUGUCUGGUUCUCUGUGUUCUUCUGGGGCUGCUGAUCUGUGUGAACUACCGUCAGAUAUCAGAGAGUCCUGCGGUCGACUCGCAGAGGUCCUGCUGUCCAGACAGAGAGUCGUCUGAUGAUGAAGCUGUGCUGCUGAGACGCAGAGCCUCUGAUCCGCCGUCGCUCUCGUGCCUGCAGACGCCGGACAGAGGUUCAGAAGAAUCCAGCAGCCUUAAUCAGCGGGAAGAUUGUCCAGUUAGUAGAAAAAAGAAACAGAAAGUGAAGCUCAGAGGUCCAGAGACGCUGUCCGCUGAUGGGAUCCCUCACACCACCGUCGGUCCUCUGGGUUUGGAGACGGACGGCAGAGACGUGAUGUCCGAUGGCAGCUCUGAAGGCUCCUCGCAGGCCGACGAGACGCUGUUCUGUGGAAUCAGCACCUGUGCUCGUCUGUGUGAGGCGUUACCCGCUCCGAAGCGCUGGACGCAGAGCCGAUCGCAGCCUCCGCAGUGCAGCGGCCCGCCGCCGGCGAUACGACCCGCGCCGCACCGGCUCUGAGACGCUGGACAUGUUCACGCACUGGACGCUAAACCCGCACAGACCCUCACACCGGUUCAGCACUGACGCUUAUGCAGUCUGCAUUGGUUUUUCUAAUUAUGUGCCACAAACUUUCAGACAAUCAUAAAUAAAACAUAAAUAAUCAAA